UAUACUCAUUCUAACGAUGAUCUGAGACUUAUCCGACGCCAGACAAAGGGGUUUGUCCGCAGUGUGUACCCUGUCUCCUCAGAUCCUCUUGCUUGCACGCCACGUUCAACUUUGACCAAAGCUCGACAUGACUGAGCAUUCGAAACCAAUUCGAUACGGCGCAACAAUCAAUCCGAGCCCCGAGUAUGCUGAAGCCAUCUCGCAAGGCACAUACUUCAACAACACGGCGCAACAACUCAUGAAAAUUAGCCGCUACGAGGAGGCGGAGCGUCUUCACAAGCAGGCAAUCGAGAUCAAGGAGCGUGGCUUGGGGAAGGACCACAUCACAACCGCGCUCUCAUACAACGCGAUCGGGGAGACGUACAUCCAGAUGAAACGUCUGGAUGAUGCGGAGAUGUACCUCCAGAAGGCACUCAACAUCCGCGAGGCGAGUCCGCGGGCCAUGGACGAGAUCGACGCUGCUGUGACCCGCGAGAACUUGGCUGUCGUGUACGAGAUGCGUGGUGACCUGCCUCGCGCCAGACAGUUGAGGAGGGUUGGGUCGCCGAACAACAUGCUUUGUGCGCAUUCUAACUGUGAGCUUUACAAUGUAAAGCGCAGCAAUCUGCUGCAGUGCGGUGGCUGCAAGUCGAUCUACUAUUGCGGGAGAGAAUGUCAGUCGAAAGACUGGAAGCGACACAAGAAAUACUGCAAGCGUACUGCCGCUGCGGAGGGCUUGGAGGCCUGAACUCGACGUUGCUUCCGCACACCCGCCCGCACCUGCUCUCUCUCAUCAUCGGCCUCUCGUGCAUUACGUCCCAGACUCGGAUUCCAGAUUUCACACACCCACAUUUCCUAGUCCACUGCUCUCUGUAGUCUUCCCAUGAGUGAGUGGCCCGAAGUCUGCUCACAGUAUAGCUAAAAGACCUCGACUCCGAGACUCCUCUCUGUAUUAGUAUCCUAUCCGUUCAGUUGUAGUAUAUUGCAUCAAUACACUCCCAUGUCCGAUCGUCUGCUUUC